AUGGCGGAGAGCGCGGUGGCGGCGGUGCUCUCCAAGUUCGGGGAGCUGGCGGCGAGCGAGGCCAAGAUACUGCUCGAGGUGGGCGACAACAUGAUGCUGCUGCGCGACCGUCUGGAGUGGCUGCAGGCCUUCAUCCGCGAUGCCGACCGCAAGCGCCGGACCGGCACCGACGGACUGACUCGCGUGUGGGUGCGCCAGACGCGUGACGUCGCCUUCGAAGCCGAGGAUGCGCUCGACGAAUUCUUCUACGAGGUUGAGCUAAAAAGACAUGGUUAUCAUGGUUGGAAAAUGUGGCGCAAAUACUUGACUGGUUUCUGGAACCAAGUCAUCAUUCGACAUGUCUUUUCUGCCCGAAUCAAAAGAAUCAAUAGAAGGCUGAAGAAAAUUUCAGAGAACCAAAAGGAAUAUAAGAUCGAGCAUACACCAUUAGCAACAUUGACAUCUUCAACGACAGCAACUUCAGCAUGGUGGGAUGGCUAUGAGAACCCCGUGGGCUUUCAGGAUGAUGUGAGGGCACUUCAGCAAAUGUUGCUUCAGAGAGAUCACCCUCAGCAAAUGUUCAUAUCCAUAUUUGGGGACAGUGGUGUGGGCAAGAGGACAGUGGUACACAAUAUCUAUCAUAAUAGGAGGGUGACUGAUCAUUUCAAAAUUCGAGUUUCAUACCGCAUGACAGAGGAUUCCACCACAGAAGAUCUCCUUAAAAGAAUCUAUGAUGAAGCACAUAAAGGUAGACAACAACCUCAGCAUGAUAAUGGCAUGCUUAUCGGUGAUAAGCUCCGAUUCCUCCUGGCAGAAAGGAGGUACCUGGUGGUCAUAAGUGGCUUAUCCUGCAAAACCAUGCUCAAUCGUGUGAGGGCGAGCCUACCAGAUGAUAAUAAUGGUAGCAGGGUGGUGCUGAUAUUGGACAUUGAGAGCGAAGAAGUGGCUUGGCAUGCUAAUACCAUGAACAACCAGGGCAUCAACGGAGUCCACCAGUUGAGCCGUUUGGAUGAAAAAAGAACUGGGCAACUGUUCUAUUCAAGAGCCUUUAGGAAAGAACAAUCUGGUCGAAAGGAAGAUAUGUCCAAGUACAACAAAAUUGUGUAUGAUAUAACUGGAGGCUACCCUCUGGCUAUAGUGGUUCUUGCCGGUCUACUCCGAUUCAAGGAGAAACCAGGACAGUGGGAAGCAGUGCUGCAACAACUUAGGCUUGGACCAGGAAUGGAAGAAGAACAAGAUGGUGUAGGCAACAAGAUAAUUCAAGCUAUACUGUCCAAGGAGAAGAGUAUCGAGUGGCAGACAAGACCUGCAGUGAGAGCUAACAUGUCCACAAAAAGGACGAUUGAGAGGGUCUUCUGGGCAAGCUUUGAAGACCUCCCUAAUGACCUUAAGUCAUGCUUCCUCUACUUGGCCGCUUAUCCCAAAAAUGUCAUUAUGCAUGCCAAUAUCACCGUGUUCAUGUGGAUAGCCGAGGGAUUCAUCAAGCCACAGAAAGGCAAGAUUAUGGAGGAGAUAGGCCACAAUUACAUCAAGGAGCUGGUCUUGAGAUGCCUUGUUCAGGUUGAAGAGAUGAACGCCGCCGGAAGCAUCAUGAAGAUCAGCGUCCACAAAAGCCUCCAUGGAUUCCUGCAUUCAGAGGCUCACGAGGCUGGCUUCAUUGAGGUUCAUGACAUACAUGAUGCCUUUGUACCACCAUCGGUGCGCCGACUCUCCUACCAGAGUCUCGAGGGCAGAUUUACCAUUUUCACUAACAAGUUCCAUAAGUUGCAUUCUUUCAUAUGCUACGUUGAGUACAGGAGCAUAUAUAGCACUGGUCUGAGCAAGAAGUAUUGCCAUGAUCUCAAGUUUCUGCGCUGGUCCAAGUUUCUGCGCCUAAUCUCCGUAAGGGGUCUGAGGCUUGAUAGAUUGCCUGAUGAGAUCGGUGACAUGGUCCAUUUGCGGUACCUGCGUGUCGAAUGCAGGAACCUGAAGAAGCUCCCAUCGAGCAUUAGAAGACUGCUCAAUCUGCAGACACUAGACAUAAGGAACACUCAAGUGGAGAAGAUUGACCCAUACUUCUGGCAGAUAAAGGUGCUCCGUCAUGUGCUUGCGGACAACCUCAUGCUUCCAGAGACCAUUAAGCAAGAAUUGGAUGAGCUACAAACCCUGCAUGGUGUGAAGCCCGCCGAAGAAGGAGGAUGGGACCCAUUGAACUGCCCACUACACAAGAUGACGAGACUCCGAUCACUGGAGCUGCAUGGUUUCAAACGUAGCGAACACAAGGCUGCAUUGGAGAGUGCUCUCACAAGGAUGCAUCUCCUUGGCAACUUGAAGCUGCAAGGUGAUAAGAUCCCUUCAUGUGUCUUCACUGGGCAGCAUCUUCAAAAUCUUCAGAUAGUGGUGCUAGAUGGCACUGUCAAAUGGCCUGAGGCUGGAUGGGAUGUUCGCAAGGUCCGACCGAACCUUGUUGAGCUUACAGUGGUCAAGCAUAGCAGCGAGGAUGUGCCCCAACACAUCAAGGACGAACUACGGGAUAUGCUGAAGGAAACAAUUGCUAUCUAGAACCGGACAAUCUGCCUUCUCAUAUAAUCUGCAAACUUCGGGCGCCAGUUCAAUCAAUUGGAUUGGUGCCUUACAAACAAGAAGAAAAGAUGUGGUAUAACUGAAUGGCAUGCAACAUAAGGUGAAGGAAACUGGCAGGUACAUGAUUCAGUGUCUUCCGUUGUCGCAUCUCCAAAUGUCUUACAUUU